AAAAAUAUGUCUACUUUUGCCUGUCCUUCAGCCGCGUCGUUGGAGGAAAGUCAACCAUGGCCUCUGCAAAGAAGGUAUUUGAGAAGCGGCAUAACCCAGUGGAAAGCAUCUGCAGAAAAAUCCGAGCCAUCCAAAAGAGAGAGAUUUCACAUCCCAUCCGACACAUUGUCAGAUACCAGUCUAGCAGCUUUGACAGUCCACAGACUAACCCCAAGAAGGAUCUUGAAGAGGUGCUGAGAAGAAUGAUUGCUGCCCACGUGCCUCCGCCCAACACGCUCUCCUCGAGUUCUGAGAGAGGUGAUGCCUUCAUUUCACCUCCUCACAUCGCAUCUCCAGGAGAUCCACCCAGCUCCCACCCUGGCUCUCCUGAGAGUGUAGCACACUCUGCUAUCCUCAGAAGGUCUGAAAACAUCUCAAGGCCGAGAUCACAGAGCCCCCAGAAUUGCACAUCUUUGAGAUCCCAGGUCAGAAAAAGGGAGCACUUCUCUAACAAGGAUUUGAACAACUAUUGUAAUGAAAAUGAUUUUCGUUCCUUAACACUUGACUUUGAUUCUGCCUCUGACCAAAGCUCCGGAUUUUUCACUCCUCAGGAUUCAGUGGUGAAAAAAUUAUCUCUGAAUGAAGAGGGAUGGAACCUAGGAACUGAGGAUGGCAAGGAAGAUGUAACCCAUAGCACUACCAGGACCUGUGAUGAAGAGUGGCUUACGAGCAUUUUUUGUGCAUGUGACAGAAAAUGUAGAGGCUCAGUAGAAAUCACCAAAAUAAUGGAUUACCUGAGACAAACAGCUGGUCAGGGUUCUGAAGAGGGUGUCCUCGAGGAGCUGUGGAACAUGCUCGAUCCUGAGAAGAGAGACCCGCAGAUGAAUCUGGAAACCUUCCAGGCCGUCGUGAAAGAAUGGAUGGCUCACGGGGGAAACAAACGUCAGGCCGAGCAAGUAUGUGUGUGUUUCUUCGGGAUUGUUCUGCCACUCUCUUGUGGUUUGGAGAACUGGAUUUCUCAUAAAAACUCUCUUGUAUGUCUUUCAGUUAAGAUGACCACAGAUUCAACAGAUUUUGCAUCACGGAGCUUCGAGGCUUUGGGUGGAGACGUGUCUAAUGAAGUCUUAGAGGUGCCUGAUUUGAUUACCUAUGUAGCAGACCUGCAUUUCAACAAGCAGAAAUUGGAGGAGGAAAAUAAUAAGUUUAAAUUGGCAUUAGAAACCUUGGAAGAAGCUAACAGCCAGUUAUCUCAGGACUGCACUGAAUUGCACCUUCAGAUAAAAAGUGCCCACCAGGCUAUUAUGAGAACAAAUCUGUUAAAAGAAGAACUGGAGGAACUGAAAAUUUGUGUGAGCGCCUCAGAAGAGCAGAAGACCAUGGUUAUAGCCCAGAACAAACAAUUAGAGACAGAAAACCGGGCUCUGAUUCUUAAGAUUCGGAUUCUCCAAGAAGAGAAUGCUAAGAACAUUAUGGAUAUAUAUAAAUUGGAAAAGAAGAUUGAGGAAUUAUCUAAAACUGAGAAAGAGCACCAAAUGCAGUUAGACACAUAUGAGAACACUUUGCUUCAUAAAGAUGCAAGUUUGCAGAAGAAGGAUUUGAGUAUAGAAGAACUUAAGUCAACCAUCAUAGAACACGGAAGCAUUAUUGAGGGCUUACGAGGCGAUAAAAACAGACUGGCUCAUGAGUUACAGUGCUUGCAACAGGAGCUCAUCAUAAAUGGAAUCCAGUUGACCGUUAAUGGCGAGCGUAAGAAUAUCAACUCUGAAGGAGAGAAAUCUUUACAUUGUGAACUCAUUCUUGCUCAGUCUGCAGAGAACAAUGAAACUGAGUGGCAGUGCAAUUUAAUCAGCUUGUCAUCUCUGGACGUGACGAUGGACCAAGAAAUGCCACUGUUACUGGGAGAACUUGAGCAGCAGGGGGUGGAGUUCACAGCUACGCUUCAGAAGCUGCAUGAAGAUGUUUCUGAAGUUGAAGCACUCAUUGGAAGUUCUCUACAGUGGGUAACUGAUCCAGAAAUUACUCUGAAAGAAAAGUGGGAGAACAAGCUUACUGAAUUCAAAUCUAUCAUGGAAGAGAAACUAAAUCUUUGCAUAUUAAUGCUGAGCAGCUUGAGAAACCACAAAGAAUCACUUGAUAAAGAGUUUGUCAAACUGAUAGAGAUUUUGAAGCAAUUCAGGCUGGAAUACUUUUAUUUCAGAAAAGAAUUUCUUUCCAGGCAGAAACAACUAGAAGCCAUCACACAACUGCAAGAAGAUGCUGUCAGCCAAGAAGCCAUCUUCAGGAAGAAGGUCCAAGAAGCCAGCCAAUGGUUGGAGGACGCAGAGAAGCAGGUAGGAUGGCCUUUGACUACAUUAUAUGCAAGGGAAGGCUUCUCAGAUGUUCUUAACACCGUGAAGUAAAAAUGGAGGAGGAACAAGAAAACAAAGAGGAACUGCGAAGUUCAGUCCCUCUCGAGACGAGCAGUGAGCGGAGGAAGUAAAGGGGGAGUUGUAAGAGGCGGUGUCAACAGCCUGCUGAUGAAAGAGGCAACUUUGCAGAAAGAGGCAACUUGACAUAUCAGGACAGCUGUAGAAAUAGCUCAGGCAUACGAAGCCCAUGCAAACACAGAAUUGCAGAAGUUCAGUGGAGGCUUAUCGCUUCCCUGAGAAGAAAAGCACACAUUUUCAGUUUCGUGUGCACAGUCAGGGCGAGCACUCAAUGGCUUUCCUUCUCGGCCACCCUGCUAAAAUUCAGCAUUAACUGUCCGUAUCCAGGUGGAGGAUGGAGAUCGGGCAGCCCACUCUGCCAGUGAGAAAGCUAAGCCUUUGCGGCAUAAAUUAGAGGGAGCAAUUUCGGAACAACGGAAUCGCCAGACUAUAAAUACUGAGUUAGUGAACUCUUGCCAGACACUUGAGCAGAAGACGAGAAAACCGAAAACAACAAUUGAAUCACUAAGACAGAAGUUCAUUAAAGGACAACUCCAUGGCUUGCUGUUUCAGAGCUGUUUAGAUGAGUUAUUUCUUCCCUGCGAUCCCUUGAACGGCACAGAUAGAAUUCAUCAACCUCUCCAAGGACAACUGAGGAGGUGUUGCCCUGAACAACGGAACAGUCAAGAAGCAAGAACACAUUGGCUACCCCUGACCUUCAAACACACACGCUGGGACACACCUCUCCUGGGUGAGCAUGGAUAACGCCUCUCCUGGGCCCCGUCAGACAUAGCCAGGAGUGGGGUUGUUUGGAAAGGGAAAAGAGUUAAUCACAGUUACAUAGCCAAAGUUGUGGAACACUUAGAUGUUUAUC